UACUGAAAAUAUACAGUUUAUUGUGUAUUGUGCGGUGUAUGCUGUGAAUUAAAACUAGCUCUUAAUUUUUUUAAAUUAAAAGAAGAGUGUUUAUUCGUCGUUACUUCUAAUUUUUUAAAUGUAAACAAUCUCUAAUGUAACCCUUCGAUUAAUUGAAAGUAGGAACUAUUUUAAUCGGUUACCUUAUACGAAAUACGAUGCACUUGAACACAAUUUAAUAAAAGUGUAUACGGUUAAAGCAACGGAGUAAAAUAAAUAAUGUAAUAACAGUUUCUUCGUCCAUAAAAAACUUCCAUCGUUGAGCGUUAUGCCGUCCACAGAGGUUAUCGUCCAAAUGCAUGAAAUUCAGAAAUGAUAAUAAAGGAUAAAGGAUAGAUUAAAAAUCUAUUGAUAAAUGGUAAACUUAUUUUGAAAAAAUUUUCUGUCAAUUAACAUUCCUCACAAUGACUUCAUCAAUUUCUACUACUGGUACCAAAUUAUCAGAUAAUCCUCUUUUGCCACCACUUAUAACUAAUGAUAUUGCGGUUGAAAUUCAGUAUUAUAAAAGCUUAGCUAUUGCAGUUGCAGAAAGACUUAAAAUUUUAGAAAAAGCAAAAGAAACUUUGGAAAAGAAUCAAGGCAAGGUGAUCAAAGAUGUUCAUGAUAUAUGCUCUGAAAAUGAAACAAUAAAAAAUUCAUGUCUAGAUAAUAGUACAGUAGAUAAAUCUACUAUACCAUCAAGGGGGACUGAAAAUGAAAUGCUUAUUAAUUUUCCUACUAAAGAUGAAUGGAAAAAUUCAGAUCAAAUUGAUCAUCCUGUAAAUGAAAAGUCAACUAUAAAUUAUUAUAACCAAAAAAUAGUUAUGUAUGAACAAAAAAGAAAACAAGAUAAAUCUAAUUCUAAUCAAGAAAAAGAUUUAACUUAUAAUACUUUUCCUGGGGAUAGUGUUUGUUCUGACACUAUUACAAAUAGUACAGAUUUAAAUCACUAUCUUAACAGUUCCGCUUCAACAAUAACAAACACUACAGAAACUACUCCUGAAAAUGUCAAGCCACAAGUGCCUAAGACUUUAGAUAUUAUUUCAAUACCAUAUGAUCAACAGAAAAUUUUAGAUAAUUCUAAAGCUGAUGGAGAAGUAUCGAAAUUAAUUAGGCAAGGAUCAUAUGUAUUGGAGACACCUAGUCCCAUAUUAUUAGCACACAUGCAAAAUAAUGAACAACCGAAAAAUAAAGAAUAUGAACCAACAUCAUCUCAAACAGCAUUAAAACGUAAAGGUUGGAAUAUCAAUCAAACAAAAAUUGAUUGGGAGUCUCAAUCAGUUUCAGAAGAAUCAAAACUAUCGCGUAUGAACUCUUAUAGUAAAAGUAAAAAAUUUGUUUACAGUUCUAGUCAUAGAGAAUGCAAGUCUGUUUCUAACUCAAAAACUGGAUCGCCUUUGGAUCUUGAUCGAUCAUCCAAGUCUGUUGAUUGCAUUCAAGCAAUGUUUGCAAAAGAAUGUUAUGCUCCAAAGACCAUUAAAAGUAAAGUCACAUCUUCUAAUAGCAGACUUGCAUCUCCAUUAAACAGUAAAAACAGAAAUAAUACUCCUAAAAAAUACAACAAUGCCACACCGAUUUUAAAUAUGGCUAAUAAAUUAUCUAGUUCAAUGGAAAGUUUUAAUAAUGUAAAACGUCAAACCAAACCUGAAAAAAAAAUUAAUAAUGGUGUAAUUGUUAAGAAAAACACUCAGCCUGAAACAGCAACAAAAAAUGGUAUCAGCUCUCAGUCAAUGAAACCAAAACCAGCUGCAAUAUCUGAAAAAAUUAUUUCAGUUUUUAAAGAAAUUCAAGAUACGCAUAGAAAACAAAUGGAUGAAUUAAUGUCUCGUCAACAAAAAGAACAACUUUUAAUGCAAGAUAAUUUUAAGAAACAACAAAUUUUGAUGUUAGCUCAAAUAAGAAAAGCUUUUCCUGAUAUUUCAAUAUCAUCACUAUCCGAUAUAAUUUCACACAAGAGUAUAGAACAUCCAGAUUCUCAAUGUUCAAACGUGAGUAAUAAAAGUAUAGAUUCCAUUUGGCAAAAAAAUUGUGACGACAGACUGCAAAUCAAUGGAUCUAAUGAAAAUCAGAGAAAUAAUUCAAGGAUUGAAAAGUAUCCAACUGUUAAUACUUUUUCAAACAGAAAUAGCUCUGAAACUAUAAUUGAUUAUCAAAGUGACUCAAAUACACUUAACAUUUCUCAGUCCAAUGAAAGCACUUGUCAAACAACUCAAACUCAAACUUCCAAUGAAUAUCUACUUUCUACUCCAUGCAAUCAAUUGAUGGCAUCAAGUGUUAAAACUUUAGAUGAUAUGCCGGUUGGAAAUUUCAUGCACAGAAAUUCUAAUGUGAGUCGGCAGUUAUUUUCUCAUGAUGGGAAAUCUAACUCUGUUGCUAUUUUUGAUAUAUCUAACUAUACAGAGCUUCAUGUCAAAGCAGUAACCAUAAUAAAUUCUUAUGUUAGAGGUUUCUUAGUUCGAAGAUUGAUGAAAACUGAGAAAAUAAUUGCUCUGAAAAAUACUUAUAGAGAAGCAUUACAUUGUAUGUUAAGAUUGCAUGUAGAUGCACCUCUUAACUUGCCUGAACUUAAUUUUCAUCAACGCUUGCAAUUACAGUGUGAUGCUGCAUCAAUGAAAAUUGUUGAUCUAUUUUCUUGUCCUCCAGCUGAAAGAAUGGAAAUUAUUGCUCAUGAUAGAGAACUUAGAAAGGCUCGUUCUGAAAGGCCGAAUUCUGCACAUUCAUAUUCUUUUGCAACUCAACGUACACUUGCAAGAAAAAAACUUAAAGAAAUGGGAAUCAGUCCCAAUGCAAUGAUGACCAGAUCUUGUCCUGUUCGUACAAAAUGCUUAACAUGGACAUGUAAUUCUAAAGAAAAGAAACUUACUACAAGUAUGAUAAAUCAUGGCAUUAAAAGAAGUACAAGCACAGGUACAGUGAGAAGACCAUGGCGAUAAAUCUCACUUUAAAGCUGGUUUAGUGGAAAAUUCAUUAGCAAAUUAUGAUGAUGAAAAUUAUGAGCAAAAAUACCAUUUUUGUGCCUACAGUAUUUUUAAAGCAAGAAAUAAAAUUAAUGUUAUUACUUUUUAUCUUGCAGCGUAAUGAAAUUCGCUUUUAAGAAUGAUUGUAAUUGUAAUAAGUUUGAUGUUUGUGAUAAUUUUCAUGCUAUAAAUCUAGCAUAUAUUUUUUAUUAUUCACUCCUCUUGCUUUCUUGAGAAUUUCAAAUUACUUUUCUUGAAAUACAUUUUUUUAAGUAAUUAUUUUACUACUUAAACAUGCGAUUUUUUAGAAAGAAUUACUUGAACUAAGUAAUGAGUUAUUAAUAUGUGAAUUUCAAAAUGAAACAUAAUUUUAUAUGUAAAAUUACGUCCACUUGAUAAUCCUAGUUUAUAAAUUGAAACGUCCAAAGAUUUAAAAUAAACGUCAUGAUUCAUAUCAUGUAUAAAUCUUUUUAGUGCGCUAAUAAUUAUUUAAACCCUUGUUUCAAAAUCUUACUCAUACUCAAAUUAAAACAACAAGUUCACAGACCAACUUCUAGU